UUAUACUUACCUAGAUAUCUACCUAAAUCUUCCACUUCUCCACCAACUUGAUAUCUUGAUAUCUUCCACUUAGCAAUCUCGAAUAAACAACGAAAAAAAGAAGAAAAAAAAAGACUCGGUCUCUACUUUACUAGCAAGACUCAGCCGAGCCUAACCGAUAGCAGCUAUGGGCCACCCUCCAGCUUACAUAUUCAUAGUUAGGCAUGGUAAACGUCUCGACGCCGCCGAUAAACAAUGGCACUUGUCCUCUCCGACCCCUUAUGACCCGCCUCUGACAUACGGUGGAUGGCUACAGUCUAAGACCGUCGGAGCGAGGAUAGCACAUAUUUUACAAGAGAGGGAAGCAGAGGAUGAAGCUACCGUUGCUAGUAACGAGUCAAACAACAGCCUUACCAAGCCCAAGAAGCGUCGGUACAAGGUUGUAAUACACAGUUCGCCCUUCCUUCGAUGCGUCCAAACAUCCAUUGCCAUAGCCGCCGGCCUCGCCUCUACUCCCGCUUUGCCUACUCCCAUAGAAAGGUCUCCCUCCCCACGAAGUACGCAUGUGUCACCCCUGAGUUCGCCGGCCAUACGACCCAAUACGUCUACACCCCCGCUUGCGAAAUCAUCCCAUAGCCCCUCAAAAGCUAGAUUGGUGGAGAGGUCUGUUUUGCGACUCGAUGCUUUCCUUGGAGAAUGGCUAUCACCUGACUACUUCGAGCAUAUUACGCCACCACCAAGAUCAAGCCUUAUGCUAGCAACAGCAAAAGCUGAGAUAUUGCGCCAGGAGAAUCACAAUGACUACGCUCAGUUCCAUACUCGCCAUGUUCCAAGUACCUCCUCUCAAUUAUGGAAUGCUGCUCCUAGUCGUGGGAGUCCCUUGGCUACCUCAGUCACCCCCGAAUCCGACACCAACCCAGGUCUCGAUAGCCUGUCCUCCUUGAAAAGUCAUCUACCAAGAUAUAGAAGCGAGUCGGUUGGGCAAAUCGACCCAAGAACAGCACAUAAGGUAUCCUUGCCCAACCCUACGUUGAAUCAAGGAUAUGUCGGCCCGGUUCCUUCUUAUGCUCUUUCGACUUCAGAACCCAUACCAAGGGGUUAUGUGACACAUGCUCGCGAUGCUUGCGUCGAUUUUGACUACCAGUGGGACUCUAGUAGAGAUGAUAUAGGUUGGGGAGACGGAGGCAUUCUACCUGAAGAAUGGGCCGAGAUGCACCAGAGAUUUAGGAAAGGGCUGAAGCGAUUAGUCGAAUGGUAUAGCACAACGAAAAAUCCUGCUGAGAUGGUGACAAAAUCCUCGAGUCCGGCAUCCCCCAAGUUUCCACCAAAUAAGAGUGAUAAUAGCAGUCGAUCUAUUGACGAUGAAGUUGAAGUAGAAAGCGUUGUUGUCCUUGUUUCUCACGGCGCCGGUUGCAAUGCCCUUAUAGGUGCUAUCACACAGCAACCAGUCCUUAUCGAUGUUGGGAUGUCGUCGAUUACGAUGGCGGAGCGGAAGCCAGAAUUUGAUAGCGCCCUUGCUACUACAAGCAUUUACGGAGGGCAAGCUUCUUCACUUGAGAAGCCUCUAUCAGCCAAGCAACCUUCAUUAUCGGAUAUGUUCGAGUUGAGAUUGUUUGCUAACACAGAACAUCUUUCUACAAUUACUCCAGCCGGACUUAGCCGUUCUCUUUCUGCUGCGAGCCGGAACGGUCGAGGUCGAAACAGCAAUGGGUUUACUUCAGUACUAAAAGAGGUUGCAUUUGGCAACUCGUUAUAUGGAAACCAGGCAUCUUUAAGUCGUAGCAAUUCGAUAAACGCCUCGCUAGGCAGCAUGCGAAGAGGCUCGCCAGUGCCGACAUCAUCAUCGCCCAAGAUGGCGGCUGCUGUGGGCGUAACUAUUAGUAAUGGUACCUCCAGUGCCUCAUCUACUCAAGCCGAUCGCUCUAGCUCACCGGGACUAUGGACACCGCCCACCCCGGACAAUGCUCUUCCAGAGGAGCAGACGGAAACUUCACCCAUAACCAAAAAUGGCCACCAAAGCGAAGCAACAAAGCAUAAUGGGGAGACGUCUACGGAAAUACAAGAGGGUUAUUCCCAACCUAAUGGCACCGGAUCUUUUGUCGCGAAGAAGACUAUUUCAAAGACGAGAUCGGAAUCGUCUCAUGGCGAAGGACAUGACCAAUUCGACGAGAAUCCUGCCCCGCGGCUAUGGGGCGGCGCGAGUAACGGCCUAUGGGGCACUCCUCAGCCUCCCGGAGAGGCUGAAAGAAUUAGAGAUUUUACUUCGACGAAGCGGCGGUGGACUGUCAAUGAGCGAUAAAAUCCAAUUAUAGCAGCGACCAUAAGGGGAUAAAAUCGUUAUCCUACUCCACUCAAAUAAUAACUUGCUUCGUUACAUGCUACUUUCGCUAUCGGACGAUAUCUAGGCCGAUGCGGCUGCCGACAUCAUCAACGGCGUAUUUCUAGAUGUUUUCCUGUUUUUGGAGUUCCUUGGCUAA